AGUCCACACUCCGCUUGUCCAUUACCUCGCACCUCGCCGCUACCCACCCACGCUCCAUCAUACCCCUGUGGGUCUGUGACGACAUCAGAAAGGCGCCAUGGAAGAGGACAAGAAGCAGAGAAGAAGGCAGGGCCACCCCCUCCUCCGGGGAGGAGGCGCGAGGAAGGAGCCCUACACGCACGGCUUCUCCGCCACCCAGAUGAUGGCGCUCACCGCCGUGUGCGGCGUGCUGGUCCCGUCGCUGCCGCCCGACGCCCACCACCUGGCCGCCGACAAGGCCGUCCGGGACUUCUUCCUCGCAUCCGCCGCCGACCCGCCCGUCCCGGACGAGGUGGCGCAGCUGAUGUCGGCAAUGUGUCUCCGGGAAGCGCUGACGCUGGUGCGGACGGUGCUCUGGCUGCUGGGCACGCGGCUGGGGACGCUCGCGCUGUGCGGCGCCCGGUGCCUGUCGUGGAGCUCCCCGUUCGUGCAGCGGUUCGCGGAGAUACCGGUGGAUCGGCGGGAGGACGCGCUGCGCCGGUGGAGCCGGGAGACCAUGCUCCCGCCGCUGCGCCUCUUCUUCCUCCUCGUCAAGGUCUUCUGCCUCUACGUCUUCUACUCCUGGACCGACGAGAACUCGGAGAAUCCCCACUGGCGAGCGAUCGGCUACAGCCCGGCAACCGACGAGGCUCCGGAGCAAGAAGAGCAGGCGAACACCAAGCGGCCACUCGACGACGGCGUGGUCGAGACCAUCCACCAUACCGACGCGUCCCUCCCGAUUAGGCUCGCCGAGAAGGGCCUCGCGGUAACCGAGGACGCGGCGCGGAACGUGUGCAGGAUCGAGUGCGAUGUCGUCAUCGUCGGCUCCGGCUGCGGCGGGGGCGUGGCCGCCGCGGUGCUCGCAGGGGCCGGCCACAAGGUGGUGGUCAUCGAGAAGGGGAACUACUUCACGGCGAGGGACUAUACGUCCAUCGAGGGCCCGUCGAUGAGCCAGCUCUACGAGUACGGCGGGUUCGUGAGCACGCUCAGCGGCAGCGGGCUCCUCCUGGCCGGCUCCACGGUCGGCGGCGGCUCGGCCGUCAACUGGUCGGCCUGCAUCAAGACACCCGACAGCGUGCGCAAGGAGUGGGCGGCCGCGCACGGCCUGCCGCUGUUCGACAAGUCAGAGUACACCGCCGCGAUGGACGUGGUGUUCAAGCGGCUUGGCGUCACGUCGGGUUGCAAGGAGGAAGGGCUCCAGAACAAGGUCCUGCGCAAGGGGUGCGAGAAGCUGGGGUACAAGGUCGAGCCGGUGGCGAGGAACUCGUCGGAGGGCCACUACUGCGGGAGCUGCGGGUACGGCUGCCGCACCGGGGACAAGCGCGGCACGGACACGACGUGGCUGGUCGACGCGGUGGCCCGCGGCGCGGUGAUCCUGACGGGUUGCAAGGCGGAGAAGCUGCUGUUCACCGACGCGGCCGGUGCGAGGGGGAAGAGGUGUGUCGGCGUGGUGGCUACCAGCUCCAACCCGGCGAUCACGAGGAAGCUGGAGGUUCGCGCCAAGGUGACCGUCGCAGCGGGCGGCUCCCUCCUCACGCCGGUGCUGCUGCGCGGCAGCGGGCUGAAGAACCCGCACAUCGGCAAGAACCUCCACCUCCACCCGACCGCCAUGGCGUGGGGCUACUUCCCGCCGGACAAGAUGCCGGAGCUGAGGGGCAAGAUGUACGAGGGCGGCAUCAUCACGUCCCUGCACAAGGUGGAGGCCGCCGGCGACGGGCUGCCGCACCGGGCCAUCCUCGAGACGCCGCUGAUGGGCGUGGCCGCCGCGGGGACGCAGUUCCCCUGGGUGUCCGGGCGCGACAUGAAGGAGCGGAUGCUCAACUACGGCCGGACGGUGCACAUCUUCUCCCUGGUGAGGGACCGCGGGUCGGGGACGGUGCACGGCGAGCGGCGGAUCGCGUACCACCUGGACCCGGUGGACCGGGAGAACCAGCGCGAGGGGCUGCGGCGGGCGCUGCGCAUCCUGGUGGCGGCCGGCGCGACGGAGGUCGGCACGCACCGGAGCGACGGGCAGAGGCUGAGUUGCAAGGGCGCGACGGACGAGGAGGUGGAGGAGUUCCUGGACGGCGUGACCGGGGUGCGCGGGCCGCAGUCCAAGAGCGAGAACUGGAGCCUGUGCUGCACGGCGCACCAGAUGGGCAGCUGCAGGAUGGGCGCGACGGCCGGGGACGGCGCCGUGGACGCGCGCGGCGAGAGCUGGGAGGCGGAGAGGCUGUACGUGUGCGACGGCAGCGUCCUGCCCAGCGCGGUGGGCGUCAACCCCAUGAUCACCAUACAGUCCGUGGCCUACUGCCUCGCCACCGGCAUCGCGGAGCAGCUGAAACGCGACCCGUCCUCCGGGAGAAACCACUCCACAGAUUAAUAAUAGUUGCGGCACGUACCCGGAAUAAUCUAAUAAGUUUGGGUCUUGUUUGUGAUACACAAGAACGUUGCGGAUCAGUUUGGACGUAUGGUUAUCCUAACUUUGCAUCAGAUUACUCAAUUGAUGUA